AUGCCGUCAUUAUCGUCAUCCGAUAAUGAGAUGGAAGACUGGGCGUUAAUGUCUAUGCCUUCAAGUGUUAACACUAAAAUGGCAGCUUACAAAGAAGGUCUGUAUGACCCGGGUAGUGGAGAAAUUUGUACCAAGUAUAUACCCAUGUCUGAUAGUACAGUACAGAGGCAUCUCUAUUACGCAUACCCUUGUAUUAAGGAUCCGGGUAUAAAAGAAGCAUUAUUGGAACCAGAAGAAAUAAAGCAUUUUCCACUCGAUGGCCAAGAAUUGUAUUUGGAUUUAUGUGAAGAAAUGAAAGUGAUUCCAGUGAGGAGUUUUCUCCGAGGGCUGCUUGGGGAAGUCAUUGAUUUGAAAUAUUAUGGUGUAAAUCCUCAUGGCGUCAGAGCUAUGUCCAUAGCUCUCACAUAUAAUCGCUACGUUAGACGUAUAGAUCUAACGUCUAAUUAUCUAAGCGAAGACGCUUGUUAUCAUCUCGGUCAAAUGCUGGGGGAUAAUGUUGCUGUACAAGAGUUAAUUUUAUCAAGAUGCAGGAUCAGAGCUGGUGGUAUCAAAAGAUUAGUGGUGUUUUUUGCUUCUCGUCCUUUAGAAGAACUGGAUUUAUCUUACAACGAAUUAGGAGAUAUCGGGUUCGAACACCUCGCCCAACAGAUCUUAAAAGGAGCUGUUAUCAAAAGGUUGAAUCUGAGCUACAACGAUUUGAGUUCCGAGGCGGCUUCGUCAUUCGCGGCUGCUAUUGAAGGCAACAACAAGACAACUCAUCUGGACCUCUCGUGGAACAAAAUGUCCUCGCUCAAAGGUGUGAACGAAUUUCUCAGCUAUCUCAGUGAAAGUGAAGUCUUGGUCAACCUCAAUAUGUCCUGGAACAAUCUGAAAAUAAGCAAGAUUCUCAAGAAGCUAUUAUCCGUUAAAACGCUUCGUGUAUUGGAUUUAAGUAAUAAUAAAUUAGACAAAAUAGCUGCAAAAACUAUAGCCAACAGCCUCAAAACGGCGAAAAGCCUUCAUACUCUAGACUUGUCUUUUAAUCCUUUCUAUGGGGAUGACGCUUUUCUAGUAGUAAGUAAGCUGAGAAAUCAGAAUGUAAAGCUCGUUAAUCUGUUUAUGGAUAAUGUUGAAGUUAAUAAGAAAUUUAUUAAGGAACGCCAAGAGGUAUUACAAUUGAGUUUUCGCAAGAAUUGCAAGAUAACACAUGGUCAUGUUAAGCACGACUACACUCUCUCCAGUGCGGAUAUCAGAGAGAUAAUAUUGAAGAGGAUGGAUUACCUUACAGGCCACGGUUCGAAAAAGAACAGGCUUGAUAUAGCGUUGUAUUUUCUUCAGAAGAUAAAGAACUACGAUAAUCUACAGCCUAGACAAAUAUUACGAGACAUGAAAUUAGCAGGCAGGCCGUUAGAUGAAGAUUUAGUCGAUGGGCUCACAGACAUUUUUCCUGGACCUAAAUUAGACAAGGGAGGCAAAACUUUAGAUUUAGCCGGUGUAGUCGAAAUGAUCCAACGAUUGUGGCCAGAUAGAAAACUACCCCCAACUCCAGAACCAGAAGUAGCAGAGCCGGAAGUAGUUGUGCCUGAAGUCAAAAAAAAUAAAAAAAAGAAAUAAGCUAGCGAUUUAAUUAAGAAUAUGUUUUUA